GCUGCGCGCGCAUCCUUGCACAGACAGACGCGGCGCGUGCCGGCUGAUGUAAAAAGUGGCGGGAAAAGUGACAAUACAGAUAAAAAAUCUCAAUCAUCAUUUUUAUAAUCUUUAAAAUAAAAUAUGUGGAGUGUUAAAAAAAUGUGGUUUACGACGCCUAUUUUAGUGUUGAUAGGUUCACUUGGAUUUAGUGAAACUGCAUAUUUACGGUGUUACCAAGGGUCCCUCAACAAUUAUGUAGAGACACCAUUGUCACACCCACUAAAGUUAAUCCCCUGCAUCAACAAGGAGCUGCCUACUGUGAUAUAUACCUUCGGUUACCGAGGCAAGAUUUCUGGACCAGCGACAACAGCAGUAUUAACAGCUUACAUAAAUAAGAAGAAGAGGAAUGUCAUACUUCUGAACUGGGAGAAUGAGGCUGAAAGCGGAAUGUUCGGUAUUUCUCUAGGAUACGCGUUCAGUGCCAUUCCUAAUGCUAAAAAGAUUGGCCGAGAACUGGGACAAGCUCUGAUAGACUUCACGAAGGCUGGAGUGGCCAUAUCAGAUAUACACCUAGUAGCCCAUUCUCUUGGAGCACACCUAAUGGGAUUUGCUGGGAGAUUGACCAGAGAACAAGGCUAUGUAGUGCCUAGAAUCACGGGCCUAGAUCCAGCUGGUACUCUGUUCGAAGGCCCGCUUUCAUUACACAGUGGUCUUGACCGCACGUGUGCUAAGUUCGUGGACAUCAUUCAUACAGACCUUGGGAACUAUGGCUCCAGCACUUCCACUGGUACUGUGGAUAUCUGGCCCAACUACACUGGAGAAAAAAACAAGCAGCCGGGCUGCCCAAUUGGAAACUUUGAAAUGUUUAGCCCUGAAGAUUUAUGCAGUCACGAUCGGUCAUGGGGAUACUUCGUGGAAGCCUUAGCAUGGCCGACGUCGUUCCAGGCGGUAGCUGCGUCAAAUUACAGUGAAUGGGUCGCCCAUGGAGGGGAAUCCAACCGCACUAUAUAUUUGGGAGACUUGACUAGCACACAAGCUAAGGGAAACUACUACCUACGAACAAACAGUAAAUCACCCUUCGGGUUGGGCGUGGAAGGCACGAAGCCAAUCACCAAUCAGACCAGAAGACGAAGAAAUCCAUUUCUAGCAAGAUUAUUCAAGUUUUUUUAGAAAUUUAAUUAAGUACAAUAGCUAAUACAGGUACCAAGUUUCUUUAUUCGAUUUGCAACUUUAUCUUAUUGAUAAUAAAGCCGAAAAUCGAAUAAAAACCGACAGCUUAGAGUAGGUACUUUGUAAGUGGUACUUAAAUACUUCCGCCAUAUAAUUAUAAAACAUCAAAAUGACAAUUAAACCAAAAAGACAAAGUGAUAUCCAUAGUCUUUUCAGGUAGAUAGGGAAUUGUUGAUUAUCAACCUACGUCUAGUAUCUUUAAGGUGAAAAUUUCUUUGAGAAUAAUGAUCAAUAUUUACAUUUUGUACCUAUACCCGUGUUUGUAUAUUUUUUUUUAAUGCCUACAUUUUUUAUGGG